GAUAUUACUUUGGUGAAGUCAAUGAAAAAUCCUCCAAGUGUCGUCAAACUCGUUAUGGAGGCCGUGUGCAUAAUGCUUGGUGAAAAACCCGAUCGAAAACCGGACAGCAGUCUUGGACGUAUGAUAGAGGACUUUUGGGGACCUUCCUUGAAGUUACUAGGAGAUUUGAAAUUCUUGGAUAGAUUGAGAAAUUUUAACAUUGACAGUAUCCCCGCUAAUGUCAUGAGAAAAAUCCGUGACAUAUAUAUACCUAACACUGAUUUCGACCCAAAGAUUGUGCGAAAUGCAAGUACUGCUUGUGAAGGUCUAUGUAAAUGGAUCAUUGCACUUGACAAAUAUGAUCGUGUAGCCAAGAUAGUCGCUCCAAAAAAGGAGAAACUGGCAGUGGCUGAGGCGGAACUUUCAGUACAAGUAAGUGGGAACAUUUUUAAACUGUUUGCUUAA